AUGGCUUCGACUUCAGCAUCAGCGGGCGACAAGCCGCGCCAGCCGGUGUCGAUAGUGUGUGUGGGCAUGGCGGGAUCUGGCAAAACAACGUUCAUGCAACGUAUCAACGCUCACCUCCACGCGAAGAAGGAGCCCCCAUAUGUUAUCAACCUUGACCCCGCCGUUCUCAACGUGCCGUUCGACAGCAACAUCGACAUCCGCGAUUCAGUCAACUACAAGGAGGUUAUGAAGCAGUACAACCUCGGUCCCAACGGCGGCAUCCUAACGUCCCUCAACCUCUUUGCGACCAAGGUGGACCAGAUUCUCGGCCUGCUGGAGAAGAGGACGACUUCAGAUCCAGCCAACCCGUCUCGCAAACCCAUUGAGCACAUCCUCGUCGACACUCCUGGUCAGAUUGAAGUGUUUGUGUGGUCAGCUUCGGGCACUAUUCUCCUCGAGUCGCUGGCCUCUAGCUUCCCGACUGUGAUCGCGUACAUUAUCGACACGCCUCGCACUGCUUCUACCAGCACCUUCAUGAGCAACAUGCUGUACGCUUGCAGUAUCCUAUACAAGACGAAGCUGCCCAUGAUCCUGGUCUUCAACAAGACGGACAUCAAGGACGCAAGCUUCGCAAAGGAGUGGAUGACGGACUACGACGCCUUCCAGGCAGCCCUGCAAGAAGACGAGAACAGCAACGCAUUCGGUGGCGUCGAGGGUGGCGAGAACAUGGGUGGGACUGGUUACAUGGGCAGCCUGCUCAACAGCAUGAGCAUGAUGCUGGAAGAGUUCUACGCCCACCUGAGCGUAGUUGGCGUCAGCUCUAUGACGGGUCAGGGCAUUGAUGAAUUCUUUGCCGCAGUGCAGGAGAAGGCCGAGGAGUUCCGUCGCGACUACCAGCCUGAGCUCGAGAAGCGCCGACAGGACCGCGAUGAGGCCAAGAAGAAGGCGCGCGAGAAGGAGCUGGACAAGAUGAUGAAGGGCAUGAGCUUCAGCGGUGAUGCGAGCAAGACCCCGCUUGAACGGCACGCCGAGGACAGCGACGUGGAGGUCGCCAGCGACGGAGAAGACUCGGACGAUGUCGGCCCUGAAGAGGAGUUCGACAGGGAGGGCCUCCAGUCUCGAUACGAGGCUGCUAUGGCCGACAGGGACGAGUCACUCUCGGGAGACGCAAGCUUUGCCAAAUAUCUGCAUUCACAGAGGUAA